CCCUUCCUGAGUAGCGCCAUGGAGGGCCUCCUGCUGUGUCUUCUGGUGGUCCUGGCCCACCUGGCCCGAGCUCAGCUGUGUCCCAAGCGCUGCAUGUGCCAGAACCUCUCCCCCUCGCUGGCCAUCCUGUGCACCAAGACGGGCCUCCUCUUCGUGCCCACCAUGAUCGACCGGCGGACGGUGGAGCUGCGCCUGACGGACAACUUCAUCACCGUCAUCCGCCGGAAGGACUUCUCCAACAUGACCAGCCUGGUGCACCUCACCCUCUCGCGCAACACCAUCAGCCAGAUCCUGCCUUACGCCUUCGCCGACCUGCGCAGCCUGCGGGCGCUGCACCUGGACAACAACCGGCUGCUCCUGAUCGGGGCCGAGCAGCUGAAGGGCCUGCCCAACCUGCGCCAUCUCAUCCUCAGCAACAACCAGCUGCAGGACAUCUCCCCCGUGGCCUUCGACGACUUUGCCGGCACCCUGGAGGAUCUGGACCUCUCUUACAACAACCUGGCGCGGGUCCCCUGGGACACCGUCCACCGCCUGCACAACGUCAACUCCCUCAGCCUGGACCACAACCUGAUCGACUUCGUGCCCGAGGGCGUCUUCACCAACCUGCUCAAGCUGGCCCGCCUGGACAUGACCUCCAACAAGCUGAAGAAGAUCCCGCCAGACCCGCUCUUCCUCCGCAUCCCGGUCUACGCCAAGUCCAAGGGCUCCCCUCCCUCCUCCCUGGUGCUCAGCCUGGGGGGGAACCCCCUGCACUGCAACUGCGAGCUGCUCUGGCUGCGCCGGCUGGCCAGGGAGGACGACCUGGAGACCUGCGCCUCGCCCCCCGACCUGCUGGGCAAGUACUUCUGGACCAUCCCCGAGGAGGAGUUCAUCUGCGAGCCGCCGAUCAUCAUCCGGCACACGGAGCGCUUGGCGGUCAUGGAGGGCGAGGGGGCGCUCCUCCGCUGCCGCGGGGUGGGGGACCCGGAGCCCUCCAUCCACUGGGUCUCCCCCGAGGGCAAAGUGGUGGCCAACACUUCGCGGACCGUCUCCUACGACAACGGCACCCUGGAGAUCCUGAUUGCGGCCAUCCAGGACAGCGGGGCCUUCACCUGCAUCGCCUCCAAUGCCGCCGGAGAAGCCACCGCCUCCGUGGAGCUGCUGGUCAACCUGCUGCCCCUGGUCUCCAACAGCACCACCCCCAAGGUGCCUGAGGCCGUGGGGCCUUCGGACAUCCUGACCUCGGCCAUGGCCACCCUGCCUCUGGGCGCCAACGACACGGCUGCCGCUCAGGACAAGGGCGUGGUGGCCUCGGAAAUCUCCUCCUCCUCCGUCCUGAUCCGCUGGUACCCCCAGUGGCACAUCCCUGGCAUCCGCAUGUUCCAGAUCCAGUACAACAGCUCCUCCGAUGACACCCUGGUGUACAGAAUGAUCCCUCCCACCAGUAAGGGCUUCUUAAUGAAGGACCUGGCCGCCGGGCGGGACUACCACCUCUGCGUCUUGGCCGUGUACAACGACGGGGUGACUUCGCUGACGGUCACCCAGAGCCUGGGCUGCCUGCAGUUCAGCACCCUGCGGGACGGCCUGCAGUGCCACUCGCUCCACACCCAGUUCCUGGGGGGCACCAUGAUCAUCAUCCUGGGGGGCAUCAUCGUGGCCUCGGUGCUGGUCUUCAUCAUCAUCCUCAUGAUCCGCUACAAGGUCUACAGCGGCCAGGAGGAGCACAAGAAGGCCAAAGUCAGCAACGUUUACUCCCAGACCAACGAACAGGACGCGGACACGGAUCCGGAUCCGGACCAUGAUCCAGACCUGAAACCAGACCUGGAACCGGACCCGGACCCGGACCCCAACCUGGACACGGACCUGGAUUCAGACACAGACCUCGAUCCAGAUCCAGAACUGGACCCAGACCCAGAACAUAAUCCAAACCCAGACACGGACCUGGACCCGGAUGCAGACCCGGACCACUACACGGACAAGGACAGGGACCACGAUCUGGACACAGACCCCGACCUGAACCUAGACCCGGAACCGUACCCUGACCUGGACCCGGAGAUGGACCUGGAUCCGGAUCGGACCCAGACCUAG